AUGCGUCGAGACGACUCGCCUGUUCAUUCCAAUGGUUACAGAACAAGCGUAUCGCCACGAGGACGGAGAUACAGCCGGUCACGAUCGCGGUCCAAAUCUCAUUCACGCCGAUACCGCAGUCGAAGUGGAAGUCGGGAUUACUACCGCCGUAGCCCUGGAUACGGAUACCGCAGUACCGGUCGGAAGAGAUUCUUGGGGCCUCGGGAAAAUCCGAACCCGUCAAGGUGCCUAGGCGUCUUUGGAUUGUCCUUACACACUCAAGAAAGAAACCUGUAUGAUAUUUUUUCACAAUAUGGAAACAUUGAAGAUGUUCAAUUGGUCUUCGAUAACUACACUGGUCGUUCCAGGGGCUUUGGUUUUGUUUAUUUUACGCACGUUGCCGAUGCGAAAGCUGCCAAAGCUGAUGCUCAUGGUAUGGAAAUCGAUGGCCGACCAAUUCGAUGUGAUUUCAGUAUAACGGAACGCCCUCACUCACCUACUCCAGGAAUUUAUAUGGGCAGACCAUCUAGACGCCCCAUUCCGCGGAGACGAAGUAUUUCUCCACGUGGACGCUAUUCUCUUUCAAGGUCUCGUUCGCGUAGCUUUGAUCGGCGUUUCUAA